UGCUCAGGAUCUCACAGCCACAUGGAAGCCAAGAGCAGCAGCAACAGCACGAGGCUUGCCGGGGGAAACACUUUAUCUGAGGCCAAAAAGUUGACUCAUUUCAUUCACGCCUUCUAAAAAGGACUUGGCCAGCAGUGUGAAGAAGAGGCGAGAGCGACCCCUGCACUGGCCAAAGCCGCGCGCCACUGCAUCCCCGUGUCCAGUGCCUACGUCCCGCCGCCGUCACCACCAUGCCCAAGAGAAAGGCUGAAGGGGAUGCUAAACGAGAUAAAACCAAGGUGAAGGAUGAACCACAGAGAAGACCUGCAAGGUUAUCUGCUAAACCUGCUCCUCCAAAGCCAGAGCCCAAACCUAAAAAGACCCCUGCAAAGAAGGGAGAGAAAGUACCCAAAAGGAAAAGGGGGAAAGCUGAUGCUGGCAAGGAUGGGAAUAACCCUGCAGAAAACGGAGAUGCCGAAACAGACCAGGCACAGAAAGCUGAGGGUGCUGGAGAGGCCAAGUGUGCAUUUUUGACAACUGUGUACUUCUGGUGACUGUACAGUUUGAAAUACUAUUUUUUAAUCAAGUUUUAUAAAAAUGCAGAAUUUUGUUUUACUUUUUUUUCUUUUAAGCUAUGUUGUUAGCAUACAGAACACUUCGUUGUUGUUUUUUGGGGGAAGAGCACAUGUCACUAAUAGAUUGUCUCUGAAGCUGGAUUGACAUGGGAAAGAAACACCUUUCCCGUCUGGUUUUGAGAGACUUCCUCCUGGUUCCCAGGAAGGAGGGGUUCCUUGAUGUUGACACACAGUAGCCACCUUGGCACAAACGCCUUGUGGUGUGGAAAAAGUAAAAUUAGUUUUUAUGUCCUCUUCUCCCUCUCCACCUUCAGCAUAGACUUGACUCUCUUAAACCCAGAGACCUGUUGGAACCUGACCUCCCAAAGUUGGUUACCAGUAUGUCAGGCAAUCUGGACUUUGCAUUGUCACCACUGAGAUAGCGUCCCUCAAAAGAGCAGCGGCUCCUUCUUUAGAUUGUGGAUCUUCAGAUUGAUACUUUUGCCAUUUUCAUUUCCAUUUCCUGAAAGUCAGGGUCGGCUUGUGAAAAGUUGUUAAACAACAUACUAAAUGUGAAGUGUCAACCCUCACUCUAAACUUUCCCUGUUCAGAGCAUCACAUGAAGACUUCAUGGGGUUUUAUAGUGGCUUUCUGAUUUUGGUAGUCCAUUGCAAAAGGGAGUUUGAAAGUUGUUGUAUACUGUUAACGAUCGUCUGCCCAUGUCCUGCCUGAAAUACCACGAUUGUUUAUGAAAAGUAUCUUUAAUAAAGCUGGAUACAGUUUGGAAAAAAAAAAAGGACUUGACCUUCCACCUUGUUUAGAGCGAAAAGGCUAGUAAUAAUAUACAGUGGUGAAUAAAACCUCCACGGCCCCUGCCCUUCUGCAUCUCUCAGCAUGCAAGGGGGAAAGAGAUGGAACAUGAAUUGUUUAAGGGUUAAAAAUGCAAACUCCAAGAUCCAAUGGAAGAGUAGCACAGAAACAUAUUUAGACUUGGGGGCUGGGGAAAGUCCCUCGGAAGUCAUGACAUUUAUGCUAAGACCUCGUAGGUGGUGCCAACAAUGUAAAGAAUGGGGAGAAGGAGAAGAGGACUCCAGCAGAGAGUACAAAGUGUGCAAGAGCCCUGAGGCAGGAAAAGGCCUAACACGUUUGAGGAAAUGAAAGAAGAUUAGUGUAACAGAGCCUGAUGAGCUGGUGGGGGGUGAGGCAGGCCCAUGAUGAAGUGAGAAAUGCCUCAUCAUAGGCCAGAAUAUAGGAUUUGGAUUUCAUUCUAAAAAAAAUGUGAAGCCUUUGAAAGAUUUCAAGCAAGAGUCUGACCUGAUGUUUUACUUAUUUUUUUAAGCACACCAGCUAUGUAGAGAAGGAUUGGAGGGAAAACAAGAAUAAACUGAAGGAGGUGAGCUAGGAGGUUAUUGCUGUAGUCCAGCUAGGCCACCAUGGUGGCAGGGCUAGGACCUGGGCAGCAGUUUUAGGAAAGUCAACAGUAUCUGAUGGCUUGGGGUUAGGAUGGAGAAGAAGGGUUGAGUCAAGGAUGAUGCCUUGACUCAAGGUUUCAAGGGUAAGCAGGUGGGCGGUGGAAAAAGAAACAGGAUGGGUUUUAAGAAGAAUAUCAAGCACUCAGGCUUUUGUCGAUACACAAGUCUGGAGCUUUGAGGAAAGGUUGGACUAGGCGUAUAAAAAUGUGAGUGUUAUCACUAAAGAGGUGAAUACUGAAUAUCAGAGAAAGGGAACACCAGAGAAUAGGUGUGAUUACCUAGGGAGAAAGUGAAAGUGAGCAAAGAAGGGGCUCAGGAUCGAGCCCCAAAGAACAACAUUUUGAAGAGGAAUAGAGAGCUGUAAAAGGUUGCCUCUGACCUCUUCCUUCCUAGAGAUCUCCAAGCUGUGCUAGCUCCUCUAAUCUAUAAUCAUAUUCAGCCUCGGCCCUCUAGUAUAUACUUUUAAAUUUUUUUCAUAGCAUAUUCUUUUCUGAAGAUAUUUCUAAUCUUACUUUUAUUCCUUUAUGCAUUAUAAAUGUAGUUCUCUCAUAUUCUGUGUAUAAUAAUUCUAAAUUGGAACCCAGUGCAGGACUGUUUCUGCUGGUUCUUGCUCAUUUUUUCCCCUGUGCCCCUGGUCCUCUAGUAUAUUUGUUUGGUUUUACCCAAAAUAUUUUAAUCCAUGCAGUUUAGUAUCAGUGGAUGAAAGAAACUUUCCUAUAAUGCAGAUUAGCUGAUAAGCUUUUGUAAAUAACUGACCAUGCACAUUUAGAGCCCCUUUACUUCUUAGUUUGUGACACACACUGUGUAGGUGGUCGGGGGAGUCCAGCAUUGAAGACAUUAUCCUAAUAUUACUCAGCCAUUAAAAAAAGAAUGAAAUAAUGCCAUUUGCAGCAACAUGGAUGGACCUAGAGAUGAUCAUAUUAAGUGAAGUAAGCCAGACAAAGAUAAAUAUCAUAUGAUAUCACUUAUAUGUGAACUCUUAAAAAAAAAAAAAAAGAUACAAAUGAACUUAUUUCCAAGACAGAGACUCACAGACAUAGAAAACAAGCAUAUGGUUACCAAACGGAGGAGAGGGGGAGGGACAAAUUAGGAGGUUGGGAUUGAUAUAUACAUACUACUGUAUAUAAAAUAGAUAAUCAACAAGGACCUACUGUAUAGAACCUGGAACUAUACUCAAUAUUUUGUAAUAACCUAUAAGGGAAGAGAAUCUGAAGAAGAAUAUAUAUACAUAUAACUAAAUCACUUUGCUGUACACCUGAAUCUAACACAACAUUGUUAAUCAACUCUACUUCAAUUUUUAAAAAUAUAUUAAAAAAAAAAAAAGACAUUAUCCCCAGCAUCACCACUCACUUGAGGGUAUAUAACUGUACAGUCUAGUCCAAGAGGCAAACAUGAUAGUAAGUUACACAAAUCAAAGCACAGAGCUAUGAUAAAAGAUAUAAAAAUAUCGCUAGGAGAAUCCACUGGAAGAUGUAGUAAACACCAAUGGAGGAGAUCUUGCAAAGCUUCUUGAAGUGCAUAUUUGAACUGGCUUUUGAAGAAAGGGUAGGAUUUGAGACUGGGCAGUGUGAUAUGUGCUAUGCUCAGGAGUUUGGCCUUUAUCCCAGAGACAGUAAGGUACCACUGGAAGUGUUGUCGAAGGAGAAUAAUACAGUCAGUUGGGAUUUAGGUAACCCUAGUGGUAGGAGAGGGAGUUAGUGGUGAGGAGAGUUUGAACACGAGGACCCCAGUUAUGAGACAGGAUGAGGGCCUGAUCCUGGGCAGAGACGACAGAAAGGAGAGGGCUGAUGUGAGGGACAUUUCAGAAGUAUAACAACCAGAUUAAUUCCAUAGAGGGAGUGAGGGUUGUGAUCCUGUGUGUAACUACUAACAAAAAUAUAGAAGCUAAGAAAAGGAAAACAAAAUUCGGGACUGAAAUAGGUCAAUCUGUAGUGCCUUAAAUAUUUGUCAGUGAUGAGGAAGAGAAAUCUGGGCUAGCAAUCUUAACGUGGUUACAGAAGUGGCCUGAGUGAACGUAAAUCACACGCUUACUAGCUGUGUAAGCUUAGCCAGCUUAUUUCACUUCUGUGCCUUAAUUUCCUCGCCUCUAUUAGGAUAAGAGUAACAUAUCUCACAGAACUGUCGUUAGAAUUAAACAAGUGAAUCCAUGUAAAUCACUUAACAGUGACUGGCAAGCCCAUAGUAAGCCCUCAGUAAAUUCAGCUAUUAUUAGUAGUGCUAAGAGGUGGGGGCAGGAAGAUAAAUCAGGAGCUUGGGAUGAACAUAUACACACCACUGUAUAUAAAACAGGUAAACAACAAGGACCUACUGCAUAGCACAGGGAACUCUACUUAAUAGCUUGUCAUAACCUGCAAUGGAAGAGAAUCUGAAAAAGAAUAUAUAUGUAUAUAUAACUGAAUCACUGUGCUGUACACGUGAAACUGACACAAGAUUGUAAAUCAACUCUACUUCAAUUCUUUAAAAAUGAUGUAGAUUUUUUAAAAAGAGAGAGGUGAGACAAGAGCCGAGACUAGCACCCGAAGAGCCUGGAUUCAGGAGGCCAGUGGACAGAGCAGCAGCCGCCAGGUGUGCUAGAGCACAACAGUGGGAGAGGUCGGGACAGCAGCAUCGCUGAAGUCCUCUGCGUGUCACGUCGGUUUAUAAUUCAGAACACUUUCAAUUAUUUCCUAUGACUCGUUUCUCACAGUAGCCCUGGGAAAUCAUUAAAAUAGGUAUUCUCAUUCCUCUUUACUAAGGAGAGAGAGCAAAAUCGCCGAAGCUAUAGUUAAUAAAUGACAUGUUCGGUUUGUGACCUAGACCUCCUGAUUCUGCUUCCAGGAAGUCAGAACUAUGGUCUGAAUUGCUUCACUCCAGAUUCAGGACCCUGCCCUCCAGAAUCUUUUCCAGAAUCCAUCUGAAGUAGAUAAUGUUUUUAUGUAGUGUUUUUCAUUUUUCUUUCCCUUUAAAAAAAUCCCUAAUUAACCAAAAGCAGGGGUCUAGAGCCAGGUGGCUUGACUUCCAAUUCUGGCUCGCCCAUGUACUAAAUGUGCCACCAGUAUAAUAGCUGUAUGGCUCUAUUUUCUUAUUUGUAAAAUGGAAGAGAUAGUACCUCGCUGUUAUUAGGAUUAAAUGAGUUCCACCUUAGAACAGUGCCUGUUAAUAAUAACAACAUUAUUAGUUGUAUUACUAAGUUAACUAUACAACUUUAUUAGGGUUAUAUUUUUCUUCUAUAGCCAACAUGUACAUCAGUACUUUACCAGUAAUUACUUUUCAUUUUUGUAAAACUGGCCCUGUGACCUCAGAUAUUUUUUUAAUCACAAGUCACUAGAAAAGAACAAACAAAAAUUAAGUCCCACUUAUUGGUAUUAGUUGAAGAACAAAUCUACACAAACUGGGAAUUAUUUUUAAAUGGUGCAGUAGUUUAUUAUGAUUACAUAAAGUAGUUAGAAUUAAUGCUUAGGAAAAAAUGUUUUUAGCUCCAUGACUUCCUUAAGAAGAGAGAGAGAAAAGGAGAAGGAAAGGAAAGAGAGAGGUGGGUUAGGAAGAGAACUAGAAUAACAAAUUCUCUGUUCUCAGUGGGCUAUAGGGAAGGCAUAUCAGAAAAGACUUUCCUUAGGGCAUAACACAGCUAAGUCUUUAAAGAUGAGUAAGAGUGAGCCUACAGGGACUUCCCUGGUGGUCCAGUGGCUAAGACUCUGCGCUCCCAAUGCAGGGGGACUGGGUUUGAUCUCUGGUCAGGGAAGUAGAGCCCACAUGCUGCAUGCAACUAAAGAUCCUGCAUGCCAGUACAGCCAAAUAAAUAAAUAAAUAUUAAAAAAAAAAAAAAA